AUGACAGAAAAGAAGGCUGAUACAAAUAUGGAGAGGUGCAAUAUCUAUUAUAACAAUUCCUUCCAUUCACACAAUACACUCAAUUCAAAUUUGCAGUUGAAUAAAGGAUCAUGUUGCAAUUCUUAAUAAUCAUAAAUGUAAGGUCCGCCUUUAUUAAUACAAGCAUUACGAUUUAGGGCAUCAUUAAAAUAUUCAGAAGUAUUUAAAAACAAGGAAAUAUUAUUGCUAGAUACUAUUCUGGUAGAAAUUACGAACGAGAACAACAGUGUUCGAAUUAAAAUAUAAGGUUGAACAAUUAGGGAACUAGUUGAAAAGUCUCAUUCAGUAAAAUAAUAUAAUGCAUAAGCAACAGUUCUCAUUUAUAAAUUGGUUUUUCACAUAAUAUUCUGGUAGCCAUGUAGUUUUGAUACAUAUUGUCUCUAAUUCAUUGAUCUGGCUUCUCUUAAAUUCAAUAAGGAUGUGCCUGUGUUUACACUGCUUGCU